AUGUCAAGUAUGACAAAAUUAAAUACAAGCGACGUGGUUGCGAUCCUGAACCAAGAAGUCCUGAAUCGAACCGCCAAAAGAACCGAACCUAGAAGUGUCGAAGAUGAUGAUGUAACAAUAUGUCCAGAAAAAGAACCUGAAUACGUUGAAGAUGAUGUCACAAAUGUCUUAAUACUUGAGAUUUUCAUCACGCAAUCAUUGGCCGCUUUUAUGUUGACACUUCUUAGACGAUAUGAGAAAAGCAAUUCUGAGAUGUGGAUGAGUAUUGGAUUGCUUAUGAUUAGAGCAGGAUUUCAUUUAGGAUAUAGUUACCUGAUGAUUCCUCCACACAAACUUUCUGAAAAUCCCACUUCUCUUUAUGAUGGAAUGAAAAGCGAAAGCGGUUUUUAUUUCAGUAAUUUGACCUUGAUUGAUAUCAUUAUCGAUGGUUACGUCAUGUAUCGAUUGAUGCAGAUUUUAAAAAAUAACCCAAAGAUUGGAUAUUCUUAUCCAAAAGAUAUGUUUACCCUUGUCAUGUAUUGGAAUUUGUUGACCGUCGUGACCGCUUUCUUAUAUCAUCUGUUCACUGCAUUAAAUAUUACCGAGAAUAAGGUUUCUAUUACAAAUGUGACCACGCAAAUUGCACUCUCUUAUCUCAUCACCAUAGAUACCGGAAUCAAGGGUGGAAAUGGGAAAAUACUCCAUAUAAAUUAUUUGUAA